AUGGAAAAUGCAAAUCAAAAUGCUGAAAUUCACCCACGGGAGGAAGCAAACACUUUGAGUACUGGAAAUGGAAAUGAUGAUCAACAUAGAGAGUUGGUAAAUAGCAUCAAAGAAAUGGUUGAAAGCUUGGAGCCUCCCUCAUUGAACAACUCAUCAUGUUGUAUCUACAAGAUUCCAACAGGUAUUCGCAAAUUGAACAUGGAAGCCUAUACUCCUGAGGUUAUAUCGAUAGGGCCUUUCCACCAUGGCAGCAAAAGAUUAGAAACCAUGGAAAAGUUGAAACUGAAAUAUUUUAAGAGAUUCCUGCAGCGUAUUGCCUUCAAGGUGGAGAUUUUAGUAAAUGAGAUAAAGCUGCAUGAAGAAAGAGUGCGUGGUUGUUACGCAGAAAGCAUCAAGCUUAACAGUGACGAUUUUGUGAAACUAAUUUUGGUAGAUGGGAGCUUUAUUAUUGAAUUUUUUUACGGCUUGUGCUCCCGAGGAUCACAAACUGCUAUUCAUGAGGACCAUAUACUGAUAGACCCAAUAUCGUGGCAAACAAUGAUUUUGGACUUGCAGUUACUUGAAAAUCAACUUCCUCUCUUUGUUAUUGAGAUAUUAUUCGGCCUUGCGUGUGCACGGCGUUUUGAAUAUCGUACAUUCACUUCACUUGCCAUUGAUUUGUUUCAGAGGAUUCACUCUCGAAAAUUACCUCAAAAUCUUCAAGUGGAUGCAAGACACUUUGCUGAUUUGGCCAGAACAUUUUUACUUCCAUCAUCUAGAAAGCUAGUGCCACGACAUGAAAGUAAUCUUGCUAGAGCUGAUCAUUUAUAUACUGCAAGUCAGUUGUACCAGGCUGGAGUGAAGUUUAAGGUGAGCUCAAGCAAAUGCUUACUUGACCUGAAAUUCACCAACGGAACGUUGGAAAUUCCAUGCAUAAAACUGUAUAAUUCGACGGAGACCAGAUAUCGAAACGUCAUAGCAUUUGAGCAAUGCCAUUAUCCAUUUGAGUCACAUUUUACAGACUACAUUGUACUAUUGAGUUUCCUAAUCAACACUCCCAAAGACGUGGAUUUACUUAUUAGAAAAGGAAUCAUCAUUAAUGGGUUUGGCAGCAACAAUGCAGUGGCAUCUUUACUCAAUAAUUUGGGCACGAAUGUUGUAUAUGAUGGCAGGAACUCUGCUUAUUGUGGUUUGUUUGAAGAUUUGAAUGCAUUCUAUGAGAACCCUAAGCAUACUUGGAAGGCUACCUUAAAACGCGAUUAUUUCAGCACUCCUUGGAGAAUAGCUUCUACUGCAGCUGCUGGUAUCUUACUGCUGCUCACUCUCAUACAAACUAUAUGCUCCAUCAUCCAAGUUGUGAAGAUGUACUGA